AUGGCUAGCAUAUCCACGUCCAACAUACAAGCGAUCUUACACGCACCUGAACCUCGACUAACGCAAAACUUGAAGAAGGUGUUUGCAAGGCUGGUUGACCCUCGCGAAGACCCCAAAUUCGUCGAAAGCUAUGCACAAUCAAUAAGGAAUGAAUUCAGACGGUCCAUUGAGGAACAUCAGGAUGCGCCUCACUUCUCCCCGUUCGUAAAAGCAUGCAUAAAUGCAGGUAUUGUCAAAACGAUGCUGGCUGUGGCCCGGAAAGAGUGGACUGGUCCACGCGUGUCUGGUACCCGAUACAGUGCUCAAUCAAACGCGAUGCAAUGCCUCUUCGAGUUGAUGCGGUCUGGAGAUAUAGUUGAAAGACGAGAGCUGCUGGAUAUCAUGCUUCGGGAGGACAUCGUCGGGCUGUGCCUUCAAAUGUUUGUGCAUGAGCUAGGAAUCAUGCGGCAGGUGGCGGCUAGUACGAUGCAUAUCCUUUCUUCCGAUUCGUUCCUCGGAGAGUGCAUCUCUCCUUCUACGGCUGCAGACAUCAUCGAAGCCGCCUGUCUUCUUACGCUCCGUACACGUAGCGAUGCCAUAUCUGAGCUGGUGAACCCAGAUACAGGAGAGACCCGAGUUCUCAGAGACGGUAAAAGUAGGCGCGUAGAGAUCUUGAAUAGGAUUGGAAACCCUCCUCGUUUCUAUGUCAUGGAUCUCGAGGAAGGUUUACGAACAGUUCAUGGUGUUCUAUGUACUUCACCUCCCCGACCACGCAAGUUCUAUCUCGAUAUACUCAAGAGGAAACCAAGAGUGCUUGAUCUACUCUUUGAUUGCGCAAUCCUUGGUCGACCACAGUGGCAUCCAGAGACUCAAGUAGACUCGAUGGCGUGUGCGAUGCUAUCUUUUCUGUUUGCGUGGCCCCCGCAUACUGUGGCGGGGGUUGCCACUCCCACGGACAAAGCUUUCAAAACACAAGAACUGAGGGUUAUGUCGCAGACGAUGGCAAUCCUGACAUCGCGUCCAGAUUGGGUUGAACAACUCGUAGAGAUAUGGAUGCGGAUACAAGAGGAAGAUUUAAAACAGGUUCGAAGGUGCGAUCCCCAAGUAUCGUGGUGUGUCUCCCGCCUGGUCGCUCUCAUACCUUCGCUCAACCCGACCUCAGGCGUCUCCAGAAUAACCGUCCUACGGAUAAUAACGACUCUCACACAUGUCGCGGAAACGUGCAGCAUAACAAACACUCAGCUCGAGUCGUUCCUUUACAUCGCUUAUGUCGGCUGCCGCAAAGUCAAAUCGACGCAUAAUAGUAGCAUCGAGGAGCACAGGCACCUCCGCGCCGAAAACGACCAAGAGAUGUUUAGAAAACCCGCCUGGACGGAUACGUUGCAUAUAACGCCCAAGAGUCCAAUAACGGUCGCCCCAGAGAACGUCCUCGGCCCUACCGCACUCAUUCGCCUUCUCACUGUGCUUGCGCAGCGAAAAACACUCGACGGCAUUCAACUGCUCCGGGAGCCGCCACUCGGCCUAUCCCCCACGACGUCCCUCGAACACAUCCAGCUAAUCACGCACCCGGACGUCAUCCGUCGGACGAUCAUAAUCUCGCAGAAGCGGUUACGUGCGCGGAUGGACGUGGGCCGCGAUCGCGUAGCAGCGAAAAGCGUUGAAGGCGACUGGGAUCUCGCCUGCGCGGCAUUCACGAGCUCCGCAGAACUGGCAGCUGCAUUGGUCGCAUUGGAUACGCAUACGGGCGGGGUGUAUAAGAAAGAGAUCCGUGGUGCACGGAAACAGCUCGUCGUCGCGCUGGGGAACGCGUCGCAGAUGGCGCUUAAUCUCAAGCAGUACGCACGGGCACUUCACUAUGGGUGGGGUGCGGUCAACGCGGCAGAGAACAUCCCGGUGGAGGAGGGUUUGGAUCCAGGGAUCAUGGAGAAGAAUAAGCGGCGAGUUGACCAUGCGAGCGCUGGUCUCCAGCCAAGUCUCCCGCAAUAGCUUACAGGCCAUGAAGAUGAUGGUGUCGACAGGGAAGCAAUAUUUACUGUAUCUGCUAGCAUACUAUAAACUGGCCAUCUACUGUACUGUAGGUACCUAGAUCUAGGGCCCCUGGUGUGUUGAUAAUCAGCAGCUAGAUUAUAAUUUUUGACGAAGUCAAGUCCUGACAGGGGCUAAUUCAC